AUGUCAAGUUUCUGUAUCGCUCAAAUUCCUGCCAAGCCAAGAGCACCGAAGAUGAGACCACGAUACGAAUCCGUAACAAGCAGGAAUCUUCCGCCUACCUUCAUCAGUGUAGAUUCCCUAGUCAAUGCGCCUACAAUAGAAGUAGGAAGAGAUGUCUUGCAAGCAAGCGAAAAAUGGCUAGCAAGCGAGUACGCGCCUCAGCUCGCGAUGACAAUUGCUCAAAUCAUCGCAGACCGCGCCGGGCAACCGAUCUCCAACAUCGUUUGUCUUGGAAUCGGGAAUCGCAGAGCUCGAGACAUCGAUCAAUUCGUACUCCUCGCUCAGAUUGCCACUCAGCUUUCCGUUGCGCAGCCAAGUAUUCUCGAUAAUAUUGUGGCCCAAGAUCCGAAUAUGAGUCCGGAGAUGAAAGGCCUGUUCCAGAUUCACGGAUGUCGAGUUGUCGAGGAUCCAGAGGCUUUCGGUUUUGUUGGACCGGAUACGUUCCUCUUUGCCCCUUUCCUUCCCAUCUUUGCGGUGCUGAGGGGAUUGCGGAACCGGGGUUGUACGGAUUUUGGGAUGUAUAUCGGUAAUGACCUGAAGAGGAUGGUGGGAGGACCUGAAAAGAAUUCCCACAGGUUCGGGGUCCACGAGAGUGAUCAAGCGUCGUUUGAGCAAAUCGCAUUGUCGAUACAGGACGAGACUGUUUGUAAACGCUCCAUGGUUCCCUGCGAUACUCCUGUGGGUCUCAGGGGAACUUUUAGGGGGCUCAGGGAUUUGGAGAUAUGGUGGAGACCAGUGGAGCUUGGCUAG